AUGGACUCAAGAAAAAACUUGAUUUUACUUUACUAUUCAUCGACAUGUCUAUACUCAUUCGGUGGAAAUAGCGCUUUGUGGCAGUUUGAAGCAGCUGCUCAGUUUUUUAAAUCAAACCAAUAUCUUUUGUUCGCUAAAGUGGAUGUCUCAAAAAUGGAUCUUCCUUGGCACUUGAGAGUUGAGAAUGUUCCUUGUAUAAUAUUCUUCCCUGCCAAUCGAUCUUCAUAUUCAUCUGUUUUUCCUAUGGAAGCUAUAAGUUCAACCAAUCUCUUCACCCAAUUAGUAACCUUUAUAUAUGAAAAAAUUAAUUCUGAUGAAAACAAUGAAAGCGGAGAAAUGAAUCGAUUUCAAAAUAGUUCACAAUUUGCUGCCAUGCUCACAUCACAAUUACUAGAGAGUAUUGAUAUAAAACCGUCCGAGGAAUUAAUGCAACCAGUACUUGAAGCACAUAGAAUAUGUAGUGCCCAAAUACUUUCGUAUUCAAAAGAUUUAUGUUUUAGUGGUGUACAGAAAGCUGUAUCGAUAAAAGCCCAUGAUUACCAUAAUAUAAAUGUAACUUCCACAAAGAUGUUAAGUACAAUCGAAAAGAAGUUAAAUAAACUGAAUGAUAGACUGGUGCGUGAUUCUUUUCUUCUUCUUUUAUCAUCAAAUGUACAAAAACACUUAUCUCAGUCAAUUAAAAUUCAUUCUAAAUUAUGGCAUAUUAUCAAUAAAUUGAAUUCUCAGAUUGUAAAAAAAUUGAAGAUUUUAUCGAAUUAUUCAUAUUUUCAACUGUAA